GAAGCCUUCCUCUUCCAGAUCUCGCGAGCGUUCCAGCGCGAAGGCCUCUCCAAGGAGGAGUUGUGCGUUAUGGCGGUGACGGAGACUGCGAAUUAAUUGAAUUGUUAAAGCUUCCCCAUCAUCCUCCCCUUGGGGGCUUUCCUUCCUCAAGUGUGGUGGAGCCAACGAUUAGAAGGUUUGGUAGUGAGGUGAAGUUAUGACGAUGGAGAAUGGACAGGGGGCAGGCACCAAGCUUGGCCUGCCGCCUCUCACCCCGGAACAGCAAGAGGCGCUGCAGAAGGCAAAGAAGUAUGCCAUGGAACAGAGCAUUAAGAGUGUAUUGGUGAAGCAGACCAUUGCCCAUCAACAACAGCAGCUCACCAAUCUGCAGAUGGCAGCAGUGACUAUGGGCUUUGGAGAUCCUCUCUCACCUUUACAAUCGGUGGCAGCUCAGCGGCAACGUGCUCUAGCCAUCAUGUGUCGGGUGUAUGUGGGCUCCAUUUACUAUGAGCUUGGCGAGGACACCAUCAGACAGGCCUUUGCUCCCUUCGGCCCGAUCAAGAGCAUUGACAUGUCUUGGGAUUCUGUAACAAUGAAGCACAAGGGCUUCGCCUUUGUGGAGUACGACGUACCAGAAGCUGCUCAGCUGGCUCUCGAGCAGAUGAACUCCGUCAUGUUGGGUGGGCGAAACAUUAAGGUUGGGCGGCCAAGUAACAUCGGUCAGGCGCAACCCAUCAUUGACCAGCUGGCAGAGGAAGCGCGCGCUUUUAACCGCAUCUACGUGGCCUCGGUGCAUCCUGACCUGUCAGAUGAUGACAUCAAAAGUGUUUUUGAGGCUUUUGGGAGGAUCAAAUCUUGUACAUUAGCCAGGGACCCCACUUCAGGACGACACAGGGGCUUUGGCUUCAUUGAGUAUGAAAAGCCACAGUCGGCCGUUGAUGCUGUGUCUUCUAUGAACCUCUUUGACCUGGGGGGUCAAUACCUACGGGUGGGCAAAGCAGUGACCCCUCCUAUGCCCCUCCUAACUCCCACAACCCCUGGUGGUCUGCCUCCUGCAGCGGCUGUGGCCGCCGCGGCAGCCACUGCCAAGAUAACGGCCCAGGCAAGUAUGAAUCCCUUCCAAAGGGAUUUAAUGGCCUUCCAGGAGGCUGUAGCUGGUGCAUCAGUCCUGGGGGCGUUAGCGGCGCCCCAGCUUCUUAGUCAGCAAAUGGGAAUACCGCAGGCUGUUAUGGCUGCGCAGGCGCCCGGGGUUAUCACAGGUGUGACUCCGGUGCGUCCCCCAAUACCAGUACUUCCCCAUGUGGGCUUGGUGAACCCCGUGCUUGCAUCGCCUCCAGUUCUGUCUAGUCAAGUCGGGGCUGCCAUCUUGCAAGUAAAGAAGGAGGAGAAAGAGGAGACGUUACAGGAUGCUACAGGACAGGAGAUGUUGAGUGAUCAAGAACACAUGAGCAUCUCGGGCAGCAGUGCCAGACAUAUGGUCAUGCAGAAGCUGCUUAGAAAAUCAGAGUCCACAGUGAUGGUUCUUCGAAAUAUGGUUGGACCAGAAGAUAUUGACGAUGACUUGGAAGGUGAGGUGACAGAAGAGUGUGGCAAGUUUGGCUCCGUCAACAAAGUCAUCAUCUAUCAGGAAAAGCAAGGAGAAGAAGAGGAUGCCGACAUCAUUGUCAAGAUAUUUGUAGAGUUUUCCAUGGCAUCAGAAAUGAACGAAGCUAUUCAAGCCCUUAACGACCGCUGGUUUGGCGGUCGCAAAGUGGUGGCUGAGGUGUAUGACCAAGACCGGUUCAACGGCAGUGAUUACUCUGCAUGAAGUGUGUGUGAAAUGGUUCACCAGCACAGUGCCCAUCUUCAUUCCUGUUGCCCAUCUAACUACUAUCAGCCACAUACUGCAGAUCCUGAUGGCAUCUUUGUAAUUAUUGGUUUUUUCAAUAUUUGCUUUGUGACCUGUAAGAAUCCUCCUCGUUGCAAGUACCACAUUUUUGUAACGGGGUCUGGUUAAAACAGUUUUCUUCAUUUACUUUUUUGUCAUGCAUUGCUCAUAAUGUUAACAUUGUUCUUUCUACAAUUAAAGGUUAUUUGUCCACAA